UCCUCCUCCCCUUGGCUGCCGCCCCCCUGCUCAUCUCCUCCUCUCUCAAUUUUUGCAGCCACCAAACCCUAGCCGCCCCCCCCCCUCAAUCCCCUCCUCCCAAGGUGCCAAUCCUUGCCGCUCGGAUCGUCGUCUCGUGGUGCGAUUCUCCAACCAUUUUGGUGGAGGGAAGAAGGGAGGAAGGAAAGGGGGAGAACACAAGGUGGUGGACUUCCGGAUCGUUCUUAGGGAUUUUGCCCAAACUUCGGUGAAGGCAAUUAAAACUGUGAUGGUUAUUCCGUCUGUCAGAUGAGGAGUCUUAUACUUGUUUAUGUUGUGCUAUCAUGUUCAAAUUCAUAUUUUCUUUUGAGUACCAUCAUUUGAAAAUGUUCAUGUUUCAUGGAUUUCAUAUGUUGAGUUUGAGGUUUGAUUAUGUUACUCAAGUGGUUAUUAUGUGGAAUGGUUGGAAGUAAAUGCCUAGCACAUUUUGAUUUGGGAAGAACUUAUGAUGUUGUCAUGCAUAAUGCACUCAUCAUCCAUUGCAUUGAAGUUUCGUCGCGAUCUUAUGGUCCGACCGUACCGGUACAUUGAGCAUCAUAUGUUGCCCGAGAAGGGGUAUGGUGCAGCUUCAUAUCCUUAGAGAUAUGGAGGCAGAAGUCAUUAUUGCAUUUGUAGCCAUGUGCAUUCAUGGGAGAGGUGUUGAAUCUAUUAUGUGGAUGUGGAUAAUUUGGACUUGUGCAUGGUGAUUCUACUUGGCGUUGAGUUUUUAGUUACUUGUAUACUUGCUGCAAUUUACUGUUCAAAAGAAAAGAAAGAAGUCCUGAACACGUGGUUGUGUAAGCACAGUUGAUUUACAAUGGCCUACUUGUUGUUGUUAUGUUUACUUGCUGGGAUGUGUUAUCUCACAUCUUGCAUUGUUUGAUGCAGGCACCUAAUUUCUGCUUUGGGGAAUAAAGGGGAUGUAGCAGCACGGCCACUACACCUUUAAUAAAGGAACCACCAUUUAAUAAUGUUGAUAAUCAGAGUUGGACAAGUCUAGUGAAUUGCUUUGUUCUUGGUUGAGCGUUUAUUUUGGGGUGGGUUGAGUUUCUUAUCCCAUUUGUUUUACUUUAGUUGGGUCAUAAUUAGGUUUUACCACUUUUGCAUUACAGUUUCUACUAUGUGAAUUAUAUGUCUUUAUAUCUUGUAUGAGCUUCAUGUUUCCCCUCCUUGUUAUGCUAGUUUUCAAAGGAGGUGCUGCCGGAUUUUUUUUCUUGCUUUAUAUUCUUUCUUUAUUACAUCUCUUGUGUUGAGUAAGUUUAGUGGAUGAGGUUUAUGGUAUUAUCCAUUCUGUGCGACCAGUGGGGUGUUACAGUUGGUAUCAGAGGAAUAGGCUGUAGGUCCUAGCAAGUGGAGUAGUAAUAAAUUGACACACUGCACAUGUAGGAUGGGUUUUCUGUCUUGCUAUUGAUAUGAUUAUGUUAUUGUCUGUGCUAGUUUUGACAUUAUCUAUAGAGAUGCUAUGCUUAUCUCAUUUAUUUAUUGUUCUCGUCCCUGUGGCUGCAGCUAUGCCGCCUUGUAGAGCUCGGGGUAGUCCGCAAGCUCCUAGUGGGGACUCGAUGAGUCCGGCGGCAAUGUUAGCCGCGAUGCAGGCCAUGCAGCAGGAGUUGGCCCUUCUGAGGCAAGCCAUUCCUGUCGCCCCUGCGGGUGCUGCUCAGGGUGCUGGAGGUGGAGAAGUGCCCGGGGGCGCUGUCCCUGCGGGUGCUGUUCCAGGUGGCGGGGCCGAGGUGCCUCUUCCAGUCAGUGGUCUUUCUCUGAUGCAGUGGAUGGGCAUGAAGUUGGAUUCUUUUGAUGGCAGUGGUACUCCGGUCGAGGCGGCAGAUUGGUUGACUUAUGUGGAGGAUAAGAUGAAUGUCUUCGAGAUUGCAUAUGGAGAUCGGGUUCGCUUUGGCACUCAGCUGCUGAAGGGAGAGGCGCAAAUUUGGUGGAGAGGCGUGCAGGCAGCGCACUCCUCCUCACCAGGAGUCCUAUCAUGGGAUGUUUUCAUCAGGCAGUUCGAAAGGAGAUUCUACCCGGUCACCUUUCUGGAGAAAAUGAAGAUUGACUUGCAGUCCUAUAAGCAGGAGAAGAAGUCUGUCACAGAGUAUGAGGUGGGCUUCAACAAGAUGGUCCGCUUUGUCCCUCAUGUGGCUUAUAAUGAGAUGGAGAAGGCGAGCCAAUUCCGUCAGGGUCUGAAGCCUUCUAUCAGGCAUGCACUGGGGGCCUUUCCGUUGGUGGACUUCCGUACCACGGUGGAGCAGGAGCUGGGUGUGGAGAUGCAACACCAGUACACCAUGGAGUCGCAGAAGUCUUCGGGUGUUGAUCAGCCUCGUAGCCAGGACACAAGGAGGGGCAACACUGGAGGUCCAGCUCACAAGAGGGGCAAGUCUCAGCAUCAGCGCCACCAUCCUUACCGUGGCAAAUCUUCUGACUCAGGUACUUCGGGAGGAAGUACUCAGAGGUUUCGGGCCGUUCCUAAGCCCGGGCUGGGGCUGGUGUGUUUCCGCUGUGGAGAUGCGCAUCGCCGUGCAGAGUGCCAGUGGAGUGGCAGGUGUUCUAUCUGCAGUCAGGACCACAAAGAUGUGGUGUGUAGGAGGAAUCCCAGUGGGAAGCUCAGAUGGGAGCCAGUAACUUCCUCCUCUUCUCAGGGCACUAUCAAUAUGAUGUCGAGUGCUGAGCAACAGUUUUCAGUUUCUCUUCCUCCACAUCAGCUUUUUGUGCCUGGGACUUCUCAGUUCGUGCUGAUGCAAGGUUUUCCUUAGUAUCAGGUUGUACCUACUCCUGCACCGUCUACACCUGUGCUGACUCAGUUUGGAGCUCCGCGCCAGCCUCCUCCGGUGGCUCAGUGGGGUUCUUCUGUUAAUUUCACUCCAGGAGCUUCCUCUUCUGCGGGUAUUUCUGGAGCUUAUGUGCUACCCGCUACGGAUGGCAGGGAGCAAGGAGACGUGGUGACAGGUACGAUUUCAGUUGAUUCAUUUGCAGCCCAUGCUCUUUUUGACUCUGGCGCUAGCUAUUCGUUUGUUUCAGAGGAUUUUGUGUCGCGGGCUGGUCUUUCGGUGCAGAGGUUGGGUCACCCAAUUUUGGUCAGUUCCACUAAUGGCUCCAUUAGUAGCUAUUCAGUUUGUCAGGGGUGUUCCGUCAUUCUUGCUGAUGAGGUUUUUUCGGCCAAUCUGGUGGUGAUUUCCUUGGGGGCAUUCGAUGUUAUCUUGGGUAUGGAUUGGUUAUCCCAGUAUCGCGCGGUUAUAUCCUGCUUCUGGAAGACAGUGUUAUUGCAGGCGCCGUCGGGUAAGGAGGUGGUAUUCUUGGGAAGUUCCCCGAAGUUCACAUUAUCCUUGUUGGCGCAAUUGCUUCCUGAUCGCCGGUCAAGGAAGUCGGGGAUCUUUUUCUCUAUGGUGGUGGAGGGUGAGGCUGCCUUGCGGGUGCAGGACAUCCGGGUGGUGUGUGACUUUGCUGACGUGUUUCCGGCAGAGCUUCCAGGCAUUCCCGAUGCAGCUUUUGAGAUUAAGCAGAUCCUGGGUACGCAGCCUAUUCAUAAGGCCCCGUAUCGAAUGGCUCCAAAGGAGCAGAUUGAAUUAAAGCGGCAAUUGGAUGAUCUGCUGGCUAAGGGCUUCAUUAGCCCUAGCAGGUCUCCAUGGGCUUCCCCAGUAUUGUUUGUUGAGAAGAAGGAUAAAAGCAAGCGGUUGUGUGUGGAUUAUCGCGCUUUGAAUCAAGUGACAAUCAAGAAUAAAUAUCCGCUUCCCCGAAUUGAGGUCCUCUUUGAACAGUUGAGGGGUGCCCAGGUGUUCUCCAAAAUUGAUUUGAACUCGGGUUAUCAUCAAUUGAGGAUUCGUGAGGAGGAUAUUGAGAAGAUUGCCUUCUGCACCAGGUAUGGGCAUUAUGAGUUCAUAGUCAUGUCUUUUGGCUUAACUAAUGCCCCUGCUGCCUUUAUGGAAGCAAUGAAUAGGAUGCUGCAUGAAUUCCUGGACGAUUUUGUGGUCGUAUUCCUGGAUGAUAUUUUGAUUUAUUCAAAGACCGAGGCCGAGCAUGAACAGCAUCUCCGUCUCGUUCUGGGUGCCCUAAGGAAGAAUCAAUUCUAUGGCAAGUUGAAGAAGUGUGCCUUUUGGCUUUCCGAAGUGGCUUUCCUGGGGCACGUGAUUAAUCAGCAGGGUAUUGCGGUUGAUCCCAAUAAUGUUGCGGCUGUGGUGGAGUGGAAGAGACCUUCUAGUGUCUCUGAAAUCUGAAGUUUCUUGGGGCUUGCUGGGUAUUAUCGGCGCUUCGUACCAAAUUUUUCCAGCAUUGCUAAGCCUUUGACUAGGCUCUUGGAGAAGGGUGUUCCCUUCGUCUGGUCCGGCGAAUGUGAGGUUAGUUAUCAGUCAUUGAAGAGCAAGUUGGUGGACGCCCCUAUCCUAGCUUUGCCUGAGAGCGGUAAGCGUUUCACAGUUUAUACGGAUGCUUCGCGUAUCGGUCUUGGCUGUGUGCUGAUGCAGGAAGGCAGAGUGAUAGCUUAUGGCUCAAGGCAGUUGAGGAAGCAUGAGGGGAAUUAUCCAACUCAUGAUCUGGAAUUGGCUGCGGUGGUUUUUGCUCUAAAGUCGUGGAGGCAUUACCUUAAUGGCGAGGCUUGUGACAUUUUCACCGAUCACAAAAGUCUCAAGUAUAUUUUUACUCAGAAGGAGCUGAAUUUGAGGCAACGUCGGUGGCUGGAAUUGAUUAAAGACUAUGAUUUGUCCAUUCAUUAUCACCCGGGGAAGGCUAAUGUGGUGGCGGAUGCCCUUAGCAGGUCCGGGGUUCCAAAGGUGGCCUUGCCGUUGGUCGCUGAUCUGGACCGUUUGGGGAUCGCUUUGUGUUAUGUCGGCACCGCUAGCGAGGAGACUCAGAUGCUUAUUCAAUCCUCUCUUAUGGAGAGAGUGCGUGCGGCUCAGCUGCAGGAUCGUCUUUUGCAGGAAGCUCGAAAGAGGGUUGGUGAUGGUAAACCGCGGGAGUUCACCAUUGAUGAGAAUGAUUUGGUUCGUUUCAGGGGCCGUCUUUGUGUGCCUCAGAAAUCAGAGGUGAAGCUGGAUAUCCUGCGAGAAGCUCAUAAAACGCCUUACACCGUCCAUCCCGGUGAAACCAAAAUGUACCGAGAUUUGAAGCAAAACUUCUGGUGGAAGCGGAUGAAGGUUGACAUUUCUAAGUAUGUGGCCGCCUGUGAAGUAUGCCAGCGCGUGAAGGCCGAACAUAAGCGGCCUGCAGGUUUGCUGAAGCCAUUGGAAAUUCUAGAGUGGAAAUGGGAGCAUAUCACCAUGGAUUUUGUGGUGGGUCUACCUCGUUCCCCUCGUGGCAGGGAUGCUAUUUGGGUGGUAGUGGAUCGCUUGACUAAGUCUGCGCAUUUUAUUCCCAUGAAGACCACAAAUUCAGCUUCAGAUUUGGUUCCCUUGUAUAUGAAGG